AUGCUGAGGCUUCAGGGAUGGGUGAGUAUGGGAAAGGGCUAAAAUCCGAAUAUUAGUCUGGAUCAUCUUGCUGUUGAUUGUAUUUCUUGCAGCUAAUCAGGAACAACUAAAGCAUCAUAUGGAGUGUGGCAAAAGAGCAAUGCUUCAUGCAACAGGAAAAAAUAAUCAAUAGUGUUUAGGAUUUUUAUUUGUUUGUCUUGACAAGACAGCAAUGCUUCAUUACAUACUGUAGUAUUUUAAGGCUGUUUAUUUGAUACCUCCCGUGCAAUUAUCACUUCAAAUUUGAAUAUGCUAUUGUGAAUAUGUGCCUGUAACCCGUAUGAAUAAUCCAUGCAUAGAAACUGAUAUGGAGCACAGUAUGCUAGUCAUCCUAUCAGAUCUUUUAUCUAUAUUUGAUAUUGUGGACUAUCACAUGUUGGCAAAUUGACAGCAGUAACUGCAGGGUAACAGCCAGGCAAUGUGGUUCUGCUUCUUCCUUUCUAGAAUGUUCCCGAGAACAACUGAUUGCUAAUCAAAUCCUUCCCCCAUUCUCUGUUGGAUUCCACAAUACUGUAUUCUGUCCUGUUCAAAACUUGCCACAUAAAUUUCUGAAAAGAUCUGGUGGGUAGUCAUGACAAUACCAAACUUACUUAUAUGUUUGAUUCCUUAUCUGCUUAAUUCUCCAGUCUUGGACCUUGCAGUGGUAAAUUUGUGACCAAACCACUUCAGAUUACAGGUCCCAACUGACUGUAUGCUGUUGUGUACAAAAACUUCCUCUACAUACAGCAGACAACUAAAGAACAUAAGAAGAGCACUGCUGGACUUGAGUUCUGUCCAGUCAAAUUUUCCCACAGAGCACAUAAACUAGACAUGAGCACAGAGGCACUCCUGUUGUCAUCAGGAAUUGGCAUUCAAAGUCUUCUGGUGGUUCCCUUGCUGCGAGAAGUGAAGUUACAGAGAACCAGGCAGAGGGCCUUCUCAGUAGUGGUGCCCACCCUGCAGAACACCCUCCUAUCAAAUGUCAAGGAGAUGAGUAACUAGACAACCUUUAGAAUAAAUACAUCUAAAGGCAGCCCUGUAUAGGGAAGUUUUUAAUGUUUUAUUAUGGUUUUGUAGAUGCUGGAAGCCGCCCAGAGUGGCUGGGGCAACCCAGUCAGAUGGGUGGGGUACAAAUAUAAUAAUGAUAAUGAUAAUGAUGCCUCUGAACCCAAACAUAAAGGUAAAGGGACCCCUGACCGUUAGGUCCAGUCGCGGAUGACUCUGGGGUUGCGGCGCUCAUCUCGCUUUAUUGGUCGAGGGAGCAGGCCUACAGCUUCCGGGUCAUGUGGCCAGCAUGUGGUCAUGUGGUGAACCAGAGCAGCACACGGAAACGCUGAAACAUGCACACAUCAUAAUGAGACUGACUUGGGGAGACCAAUACACAUUCCAUUGCAUAGAACAGAUUAAUCAAUCAAUCAAUCAACCAACAGACAAAUUAAAAAAGCAGCAGCAGCUCCUUUGCCCCAAAGCAGUACCUCAGAAGGCCGAAAUUAUCAACAGAUUCUAAUGACAAAUUAGAAAGGAACGCGUUAAUUUGUCACUACUUUUUCCUGCAGCAACGUGAGAACACCGUGAAACAAAGAACGUGUGAAUCUGAUCUAAUACCGCCAUCUCCUGGUAGUUCGCUUUUUCGGCAAAAGGAAGGCAGGUCGAGGCCUCCUCUGCUAGAUGGCAGCACUAAAAAAGUAAAACACCCAUCGCGCUUUUCCCCUCCGGCACGCGCGUGCUCUUUUUCCGCUUUCUGCUUUUUCCGUUUGCAACUUUCCACGCCUCCCCAAGGAAGGAAGCGCACAAAUGCCGGCGGUGAGCAACACGCUAGUAUCUGCAACCCACUCUUGUGCGUUGUCUGUAACGCCUUUAAAAGUUUCUCAGACAUAGAACGCGAAGAUUAAAUUUUGGGAAGCAGGAUUUUAGCGGCUCAAGGCUAGCAAAGCUGAGGCUAGUAAAUAGGGAAGGCGGUGGCAGAGGGGAAGAAGAGAAAAGGAGGUUCGCUUCAGGGGCAAUGUGUAUUUCAUGCUAGAUUUUUGAAGGAAACUAAAACUCCCAUCCGUGCCGUAAAUUAAAAUGCUGUUGAUUUCGAGGGAGCUGAUAUUUCAUUAAGCAAACCUAGGGCUCAGGCUUGUUUUCUUGUUUCCGAUUUCGCCGCGACAGCGCAGUCCUGCACAUUCAUGUCUACUCAAAAGUGAAACCCCCAUUUUCCCGUUUGUUUGUGGAAAAAAUGCCUUUCUUACAGGUCACCCCAGGGUCUCAGCAAUGGGGUGAGAGGCAAGCUGUUUUUUGGAGGGAAGAUGUCUGUGCACGCCCGCGGCUUCACCCCGCGCCCCCAAAUCUGCUGUUGCCUCUUUGUACUGUAAAUUGUAACCAAAUAAAGCCGGGUUUUAUUUCUGAGUUAACGUAUACAGAACCAUGGGCGCAGCCAGGAUUUAUUGUAGGGGAGGGCAGGUAUUAUGCUGGGGUGGGGAGAAACUGAGUUAACUGCGAUGCAAUUGGUCAGUUAAAUGUUUUUCUUUCUUUACUUGAUUUAGGGGGCUGCCUCUCCUGUCCCUCACCCCCCAUCCCCGGCCACGCUCAUGUACAGAACCUGGCUGUAAAUGAGGUGAAGAUCUAGUGUUUGGGAAUGAUGCCUUUCCUCAGAGGAAGCGGUUUAGGAAGGUAGCUGUCAUACAGAGUUGGACCAUUGGUCAUUUAGCUCAUUACAGUAUUCAGCAGAGCGUCUCCAGAGUCACAGCCAAUCUUUUGCAGCCCUGUUUCCACAUGCAGGGAGUCAUGACCUUUUGUGCCAAAGCAUGUGCUCUACCACUAAACUCCAAUUUAAGGAAUUUAUUUUAAUAUAUCUGAAUAUUGUUUAUCUUGCCCUUAAAGUGCCAAUUAGUAGUAGUAUUAAUUAAACUUAUUGAUUACUGGUAACCUAGUACAUUUAUAAUGUGAUAUCAUAAUAUAAAAGCAUGCAAAGUCAACAAUUUAGAACGCAACAAAACAUUCCUUUCUGGUAGCCACUCAGUUUAAUGCAUCACACUUUAUAAAAACCAGUCUACUGAUAUGACCACCACAGAAUUAAUAGUAUAGAGUGAGGAUCAAGGCUAUGCAUUUAGUCUCACCCACAACAUCAUUUAUUUUACCCUCCUUCCAGCAAGCAUGUUGUGACUUUCGUACGGAGCCCCCGGUCGUUUCACGGACUAUUGACCCGUACACCACUAAUCUGCCACCAGCCAGGUUCUCCCCGGUAAAUCACUUAGUCUCAGCUGGGUUCUCAAGUUAACAUCGAAGACUGUAGUUAUUGCAAACACAAAUAAAUUUUAAAUGCAUUCAAAAUGCUGUUACACUUUACCCUCUUAGUCUUAUUUUAUCCUGUCUCUAACUCUUCUACCUCCCCUCACAGAAGAACCAACUGCGCUAACUCUAUUUCCAUCUGUCUUCCAACUGCUUUCCCAACUGGCUAAAACCUCUGGCUAAGCCUUUUAAAAACAUGUAGGCUCUGCCUCUGGCUUUUCUAUUGGUCUACCUAUUAACCCUUUCUCUCCCCCUGUACAGACAUUUCCAAAAGAACAGGCAAACGCCACACAUGUAUUGUGUGAAAAUGAAGCCCAACAUGUGAGCUCCUGUUUAUGAACAGAGAGUGCUAUGCAAUUGGGACAAGCAGUCAGGACACCGCACGGUUGGUUGGCUAGAGUCUUUCCCAGCAUCCAAAUGUGGGGGUACGUACUCAUGUAUAAUUCUGUGACUCCUCUUUGCUGGUGUGAAUUGUGCAUCUGCAGUGAACUACAGCAGAACACUUUGGGAGGAUGCAAAAGAGAGAGGAAACUGCUUGUCAUCUCUGCUUCUCAUUAAAAGUAUCUCAUUAGUGUGAGUGCACCAUAGACCCUUUGUUACUUAUGUCCAUUGUUUUCAGUGGGUUUACUCUUAACACGACUAAUAUUGUAUACAUUCGUACCUUGGUUUUCGAAUGCCUUGGUACUUGUACGUUUUGGCUCCCGAACACUGAAAACCUGGAAGUAAGUGUUCCGAUUUUUGAACGUUUUUCGGAAGCCGAAUGUCCAACACGGCUUCUGCUUGAGUGCAGGAAACUCCCGCAGCCAAUCGGAAGCUGCACCAGGAGUUGAACAGACUCCCAGUGUGGUGUAGUGGUUAAGAGCAGUGGACUCGUAAUCUGGUGAACCGGGUUCGUUUCCCCGCUCCUCCACAUGCAGCUGCUGGGUGACCUUGGGCUAGUCACACUUCUCUGAAGUCUCUCAGCCCCACUCACCUCACAGAGUGUUUGUUGUGGGGGAGGAAGGGAAAAGGAGAUUGUUAGCCACUUUGAGACUCCUUAAAGGGUAGUGAAAGGCGGGAUAUCAAGUCCAAACUCUUCUUCUUCUUCCCAGACUGGAUUAAGUUUGAGAACCAAGGUUCCACUGUAUUACUUUAUGGCUGCAAUUUUAUAUACACUUAAAUCUGAACCAUUUUACUAAGAAUUCCCAUUAGCAAAGGAGUUAGGACUGUGCCCUUAGUCUGGUUUGUUAGGACAAAUGUAAUUUACUGUUUAUUUCACUAUAUUUAUUUUUUAAAUAAACCUCCACUACCUUUGCUCAAAUACUAGAAGGCUAGUAAAAAAAAAUAAUUGUGUGGCUAGUAUUUAUCGCCAAGACAGGUAUAAUCAUUCUGAAGUUGUAUGAGAACAGCCUCUAAGCGGUUUACAGGAUAAAAUAUAUAUGCACACAAUUAAACAAACAAUGAAACUGAUAAAGUUACAACACUGGAUGAAACAAUAAAGUCCUUCAAAAGCAAAAACAGAGUAGCACAGUUUGAAAACUUCUUAACUUACUCAGUAGCUGGGCCACUAAGUUGCUUUAAGGUGGAUGGAAGGUUGGAAAGGGGCACAGUCUGCAGCCAUCUGGACCUCACCCAAUUCCAUCCAUACCUUCUUCCUCAUAACUACCUUGAUAGGAAUACCAUCCCUUCCGUCUUCCCUCAGCCUCUUGCUAAGGCGCAUCCUCACUCACAAUAUUCAGCAUUCACAUAUUCUUCACACCAAGCUAUAUCCUGUGCCUACUCCCAACUAAUUUCCCUACCCAAAUCACUCAAACUAUGUAAACACAAAUCAUGCAGCACCCAGUACUCAUCCCUUUCUAAUUCCCACACCCUCAACUCAUCCACCAAUACGUAUGUAUACAUGCACCACCCACCCAUUCUUUACAGUUUUUCCCUCUCCAUCAUCAAACCGCUAAGACUUUAUCCACUCUACUAAAAUGUACUGCAAAAAUACCAGGAGACACUGACAGAACCAUGUAGCAUCCAUCUAUCCACAGAUGUACUCUCCUAGAUAGCAAUAUGGCUCUCGCCCAGGUUGCUAUCUCUCACCUAUGACUCACCCAAGGUGUCGCCCAGCUUCUUCCACUGGGGAGGAAAAAAGUUAAACAUGUAGCAGAGAUUCCAAAAAAUAGACCACAGGCAAUUGUACUUGAGCUUUACCUGCUACUGAAGGCAAAUGAGCAUAAUGGUCACAAACCCAAUAUAUUCAGGAUUGGCACAGUCCAUAAAAAGAUUCCAGUUGUAGCACUUACAAUAAAACUUACAAGCUUAUAAGACUAAGCCUUAACUCUAUAGCAUACAGAACACCAGAACAAAGGGACAGAAAGAGAAUGUAAGUGUGACCCAGGCUCCUCCUGGUCUUACUAUUAUAGUCAGCACAACCUUGACAGAAAGAUAACAACCAGUUUAAACCAGCUGUACUCAGCUUCCCAGAAGGAAUAUAACCCAAACAAAAACCUACCUCUUUCUUUCACAUAGAAAGAAAGCCUUCUAGAACCCUCUUGAAUUAAUCAGAAUAGGAGAGAUCGCUAUACAUCAGAUCAAUACUUUCUGUACUAAGAAAUGCAAAUUGAUGAGUGGAAUUUCAUGUGCCCCUCUCUGGUACUCCUUCAUUCCACCAAGGAGUGUUCUCAGACAUUUCUAACCCAUACAAUACGCACUCCACACAAAAAAUAAUAACCCAUCUAGAAGGGGAUUGAUAACAUUUAAUUCAUUCUUACAAUGAAUCCGAAUCUUUUUAAAAUGUGUUAAACAAAUUAAGUUAUGAACAGGUUGUUCAUGAAUGCUUCCUUACAGUUUAUUAUAAUUCUCUCUCCUUGUCUCUUAUUUAAAGAUUCUGAACUGACUGGAAGUACAAUUUUAUUCAGAGAUUUGCAGUGCCUGGUUAGCAUCGCAAUGAGAGGGCUGGUGAACAUGAAAAAUAAACUGCUUUUCAACAUGAAUUUACCUUGGCUUAUCAAGUUGUCUACAGACAUUAUAUUCAGAGGGGAUUCCACCAGGUUUCUUUGCCUUAAGAUUGAUAGCUCCAGUGAUGAAUUGGACAAGGAGAACAACAUUUUAGUGAAAAAUCUGGCUGGUAUGGGCGUGGAUGUCAAAAUGGUAAGAAAACGACAGCCUGGUGUUCUCAAGAGGCAGAUCACCAAUGAAGAUGGCCUGAAGAUUUUUUUGCAAGGAAAAGGGGCUAACAGAGAAGCCAUUGCCAGUAUAAUAUCACGUUAUCCACGUGCCAUCACUCGCUCACACCAGUCUCUGAAAGAACGCUGGGAAAUUUGGCGAAGCAUUUUGAUGACCGACAUGGAAAUUGUAACAAUCCUGAAACGUUCCCCUGAAUCCUUUUUCCGUUCUGGGAAUAAUGAAAACAUGCAGAAGAACAUUACCUUAUUUUGUUCUAUUGGGCUGACUUCUAAGGAUCUUGGCAACAUGCUGACCAGAGUUCCAAGGGUGUUUUCUAACAGUAUAGAGCUCAAUAAACAAAUGAUAAGCCUCUUGAAUGACAUCUAUUUAGAUCUAGGUGGAGAAAAGCCAGAUGACUUUGUAAAACAGAUAAUUUCUAAAAAUGUCUUUAUCCUCUUACGGAGCAGCAAGCAAGUGAAAGCAAACGUUCAGUUUCUGCAGUCAUCUUUAAGUCUGAGCAAUAAGGAAUUUCUAACGCUGUUGCAUGGGCAAGGAGGUGAUGUUCUGGAUCUCUCUAAUGAAUACCUAAAAAAGACACUUGCAAACGUGAAAGAGAAGCUGUUGUCUCAUGGGUGCACUGAACUAGAGGCAAAUAUGUUUGUCCUUAAGCACCUUCGCAUUCUAUACCUUUCUCCACAGAACCUGAAUGAUAAAAUAGAUUGCCUCUUGCAGGCAAAUAUUAACAUUAAUCUAAUACUGAAAAGUCCUCUAGUUCUGGACAAAAGCAUCAAAACUAUAAGUAACCGUAUUGAUGAGCUGGGAAAGCUAGGCUAUAACUUUCAAAUCCAUGGGAUUGGAAUUCUUGCGUUAAGUAAACAACGAUUUGAAGCAAAACUGGAAAAGUUACAGGCAGCAACAAUUUUGCACGGCUCUAAUUGAUGUGCAACCACCAAUGCAUGGGUCUUUUGGGACCCAGAAGAGGGCAAAUGGGGGCAUGGGGGGUUAAUGGAGGCAAAUGGACUUCUUAUGCAUGCUCCACCAACCCAUGUAGGGGCCAGAAAUUGCACCCAGGUGCAAAAUGGUUGCUGCCUGUACAAUGUACAUAAUAAAUAUUUUUUUAAUUGCCUUAUGUGACCAAAGAAACAGAAAGCAAAACGGAAGAAAUAAAUAAAUGGUAUUGAGGUUAAAAAUAAUUUAGCCUUGCAGUACUUUUUUUGAAUUAAUAACUAUUUGUGGCUAUUCUAAAUUUUCAAAAGUGUUGGUUUUAAUAGGAUCUGGUGAAUGGAUGCGCUUCAAAUCUAGGAAUAUCUUUACAUAUGCUCCCUGAUAUGCUACAUUUCUACAUUGAUUUAUUUAAACAUGGAGCCUUCUAACCUGAUAGCUGAAAUGAUGCAGUAGCAAUGAAUCACUAUUACUUGAUUUUGCUGAAUGUAUGUUUUACUAUUUAUUGUGCUUCUUUCCUGCUCUUUUAAAUGGAGCAUUGUAUUAAGUUGCCUAUGUAUUUCUUGGCUCAGGUUAAACUUAAAAUGAAUGUUGCUUUUCUAUGUAAUUCCACCCCCCACCCCCCUUGCCUUUGAUGGCCACUUAAGGAAAUGUAAAUUUUUAUACAGAACAAAAAUGAAACUGAAACAUGGUAGGCAGAAUAGCAGCUAUUUUCUUUUUGGUAUUUAGAGUGAAUUAAAAUAAUAAAUCAAUGGGACAAUAAAAAGAGUCUUUGGGGGGAACGUAAUUUAUAAGGGAGGAGCAUGAUUUAAUUAAAUAAUUUAAAAAACAACAACUUUACAUUCAGCCCACCCAUUAACUGAAAUUUCCAUGAAGAAUUUUAUCAGUUGAACCCAGAACUUCUUUUGACAGUUACUAUGAUGUUAAAAUGAAGAUGAUAUAUGGUGGCAAUAGCUAUCAAGUGGAAAAAAUAUAUAUGACUAAUUGACAGCUAGAAAGGGCAAGCUCUCUUGUGGUUAAAACAUCCACAAGAUGAAAGGAUGGAAGUCUUUGGGGAAUAAUUCACCCUACAAUUUACUGCUACUAAUUACUGGUAUGUAUGAAGUAUGCACCAUGCUGCAAAAACAGUCAGGAAUAAUAUGUGUUGGCCUUUAGUGGUAAAAAAUAAUCUAUUAAGCUUUUUUUAAACAACCCUUUUGACUAUAAAUUCUAAGCAAUUAUAUUCCUGUGGGUGAUUAGAACUCAUAUUGUAUCCUUGAAGAAACAGAAGUUUGUUUGAAACAGGAUGCAUCAGACAAAUCAUAGUGAGCUAAUCUUAGACACUCUUCUCCCCUGGAAUCCUUAGAGAGGUCCUCAUACUGUUUUUUCCUUAGAAAAAAAUGUACAUAGUUUUCUUUCUCUGCAGGGGAGUUGCUUGCUUAUGAGAAAUUUGUCAUGUGAAGUUUUGUUUUUUUAAACUUAAUCUGUAAAACAUGGAUUCUACAUUUAGAGGACUUCAAAGGAGAUGGCGAGUCAAAUUCUUGAGUGACGUAAAUGUUGACUUGGUGAUUGUUGUGUGAUAAUUAUAGGAACUGCAAAGCAAUGUGUAUUGGUAUUUUAAAUACAUUUAUGUAUUCACAAUGCUUUUUUUUUUUAAAGACAACAACUUGUAUUUCAGUUUCUUAGAAGACAAUUUAUGUGUAGAAAGUUCCUUGGAUGGGUUGAGCUGUACCCUAAACCCAUGGUUUGUACAGUGGUUGUCAGGCAGGGAGUUGAGAGUGCUUAGCGAAGAUAAGAGUCCGGGAAUCCAGCCAUAUUUACAAGAUUUAUUGCCUCUUUGAAGCUAUGUACAAGCAGUUCAAAAAUGUGACUUCAUCAUGGUCGGUCAGUUGUCCCGACUGGCUUCCUUCCGCCUUUGGGCCAGCAUAGCCAACGUCUAAGCCCAACCCCCCUUCUUCCUCUCUGACGAGAGGUGCUUGGCCCAGGAAGUACCUCCUCUCUCUCAGAUUCACUUCCCUCUUACCCCCCUUUGUCUUCUCUCUCGUCCGAAGACGAACAGCUGCUUAUUAAAGGGACCUUCUCCCGGUAAGUUCCCAUUCCCUCCUCCUUCUCUGACUCCAGUUCCCUGACAGUGGUACCUCGGGUUAAGAACUUAAUUCGUUUUGGAGGUCUAUUCUUAAGCUGAAACUGUUCUUAACCUGAAGCACCUCUUUAGCUAAUGGGGCCUCCUACUGCCGCUGCGCUGCUGCUGCACGAUUUCUGUUCUCAUCCUCAAGCAAAGUUCUUAACCCGAGGUAAUAUUUCUGGGUUAGCGGAGUCUGUAACCUGAAGCAUAUGUAACCCGAGGUACCACUGUACUAAUAUAAGUUACAGACGUACAACAGGAAAACUAUGGUUUGGAGUCGUAUAUCUUUGUUUUCUAUCUGCCCAGCGCUUUGCUUCGCAAGUUGACUCCCAUCUCCAUGGUACAUAGGACCUAUCUGGAUUGUCAGUGGCCUGUGAGUUGAGACAAAAUGGCAAACCUCAUUUGGUACAGUGUUAUGUAAAACAGCUUCAAGCUGUGGUUUCUGUUCCUAUUUUGUUCCCAUCAAACCACAAUUUCUGUGGUGGCUCAGGGGCGGGUCAGACAUUAAAACAAAGUGUGGUUAGCUAAACAAAUGGUUUUGUGUUACAGCUGAACCCAGCACAAAUCUAUUCAUUCUUAAUUCAGAAGUGAGCAAGUGUUCAGUAGGGCUUACUCCUAGGUCAUCGCAACCUUUCAUGUCGAGCUGUUAGGGAGCACAUGACUGCCCACUUUUCCUGCCCUCUGCAUGGAAGUGUAACCACAGGGCUAUUGUAGGCAUUGGAUAGUUCUAGACUAAUACUACUUUAUUACAGCUCUUAGACUGCUGCUCUGGGACCAUUUCAAACAUCAGGCAAACCUGAGUGUGCCACCAAGGGCACACUAAACAGGGAAGUACAAACAGAGCUGUGUUUAAGUGUUUUAUGGCAUGCCAUUUUGAAAGAGUUUAUCCUCAAAAGCGGCACAUAAGUCUUUUAUUUAAGGCUUCCUGUAAUUUUGAGGAAAGACCAUAGUUCAUUGGUAGGGCAUCUGCUUUACAUGCAGAUGUUCCCAGGACUGGCAGUUUCUUAUUUUCCUCUGUUCCUAAAUAAGGACUACAGAGCUACAGAAGCAAUAAAUGUGAACCGCUUUUGCCAGAAGGAAAUGAACUGUGAAGGUUCUAUAGGGAGCGGAGAUUGGCAGCAACAAGGAACACACAGAAGGGGAUUAUAUCCAAUUGCUAGUGCCUCAGAGGACUGAACAACGUUAAGAGCUGGAGCUAUGAAGCUGAAAGCCAAGAGCAGGAAUCCUGGGCAUAUGGUCUCUCUUUUAAAUAUGCUAAUUAUUCAUGUUUGUUUCUGAGGUGAUGGAAGGAGACAACACAAAACACAGCUUCGAGCCUAA